AUGGCGUCAGCAUCCAUCUGCGGAGCACAGCAUGAUGCACCUGAGAGCUGCACAAACAGGAGACAUGUGCUGGAGCGGUGGCCUCAGAUCAUCUGUCUGUGGGGUCUGUGCAGCUUAAACGUGGAAGCACAUAUCCUUAACAAAAUCAAAAUGAAUCGCCCAAAACCAGCAAACAUCAGGCGACCGAAUGCUGCAAAGUCUUCAGGUCACGCCCCUCCUGGAGAUUUCAUAGCUCUCGGCUCCAAGUCUCAGACAGGAGAGCCCAAAGCCCCUGCGGUGCUUCUGAAACCAGCAGCUGCCGGUUUACCUGCUGACCGCAAGAGGGAGCCCGCCUCUGCUCUGCCCUCCUCGUCUGGCCUGUCCAGUCUCACCAAACGGCCCAAACUCUCCACCACCCCUCCGGUCAGUGCCCUGGCACGUUUGGCUGAUGUAGCUGCUGUGGACAAGAGGUCAAUAUCUCCCUCCAUCAAAGAACCAUCUGUUAUUCCCAUUGAAGUUUCCCCUUCGCUGCUGCUGGAUGAGAUUGAAGCAGCAGAGUCUGAGGGAAAUGACGACCGCAUCGAAGGCCUGUUGUGUGGAGCUGUUAAGCAACUGAAGAUGAACAGAGCCAAACCAGAUAUCACUCUGUAUCUGAGCCUGAUGUUCCUUGCUAAAAUCAAACCCAAUGUAUUUGCUACUCAAGGAAUUAUUGAGGCUUUAUGCAGUCUUUUGCGCCGUGACGCUUCUAUCAACUUCAAAGCAAAAGGAAACAGUCUUGUGUCUGUACUGGCUUGCAAUCUGCUCAUGGCCGCUUAUGAAGAAGACGAGAACUGGCCUGAGAUCUUUGUCAAAGUGUAUAUAGAGGAUUCUCUUGGGGAGAGAAUCUGGGUGGACAGCUCUCAGUGUAAAACGUUUGUUGACAACAUACAAACUGCGUUCGGUACCAAAAUCCCCCCGAAGAGCAUGCUACUCCAGGCUGAUACGGGCAAGACCCCUGGAGAUCUCAGUGCAGGAAGCAGUCCCCAUCCCUCUACUCCCGACGAGGAUGACAGUCAGACUGAAUUACUGAUAGCAGAGGAGAAACUCAGCCCGGAGGAUGACGGACAGGUCAUGGCCAGGUAUGAAGACAUAGCAGAGGGAGUGGAGGACUACGUGCUGGAUGUCCUCCGAGAUCAGCUGAACCGGAGGCAGCCUAUGGAUAAUGUGUCCCGUAACCUGCUCCGCCUUCUUACAGCCACAUGUGGAUACAAGGAAGCCCGGCUCAUGGCUGUGCAGAGGCUGGAAAUGUGGCUCCAGAAUCCAAAGUUAACCCGACCAGCACAGGACCUCCUUAUGUCUAUGUGUAUGAACUGUAACACUCAUGGAGCAGACGACAUGGAGGUGAUUUCCAAUUUAAUUAAGAUUCGGCUUAAGCCCAAAGUUCUUCUAAACCACUACAUGCUUUGUGUCAGGGAGCUUUUAAAUGCAACCAAAGACAAUUUAGGCACUAUGGUCAAACUAGUGAUUUUCAAUGAAUUGUCCAAUGCCAGAAAUCCCAACAACAUGCAAGUACUGCACACAGUCUUACAGCACAGUCCUGAACAGGCCCCAAAGUUUUUAGCCAUGGUGUUCCAGGACUUGCUAACUAAUAAAGAUGAUUACUUGCGAGCCUCUAGAGCACUGUUAAGAGAAAUAAUCAAACAAACCAAGCAUGAGAUUAACUUCCAGGCAUUCUGCUUUGGUUUAAUGCAAGAAAGAAAAGAAGCGACUUACUUGGACAUGGAAUUCAAAGAGCGCUUUGUUAUCCAAGUUACAGAUUUACUGACAGUGUCAAUGAUGCUCGGUAUCACGGCUCAAGUAAAAGAAGCAGGAAUUGCAUGGGACAAAGGAGAGAAGAAAAGUACUGAUCUGGAGGGACUGAGGUCGUUUCAGAAUCAAAUUGCUGCCAUUCAAAGAGAUGCUGUGUGGUGGCUUCACUCUGUGGUUCCUACAAUCAGCAAAGUGGGUUCAAAAGACUAUAUCCACUGCCUCCAUAAAGUGUUGUUCACCGAGCAACCUGAAACCUAUUACAAGUGGGACAACUGGCCUCCUGAGAGUGACAGAAAUUUUUUCCUUCGCCUGUGCUCUGAGGUGCCACUGCUGGAGGACACGUUGAUGCGCAUCCUGGUGAUAGGUUUGUCCCGGGACUUACCCCUGGGUCCAGCUGAUGCCAUGGAGUUGGCUGAUCACCUCGUAAAGAGGGCGGCUGGUGUUCAGUCUGACGGUAGGACUGAUCUGGAGGUCCUGAAAGUGGAGCGGAUCCAACUCAUCGACGCAGUGCUUAAUCUGUGUACAUACCACCACCCGGAGAACAUUCAGCUGCCCUCGGGGUACCAACCUCCAAAUUUGGCCAUUUCCACACUUUACUGGAAGGCAUGGCUCCUGCUUCUGGUCGUGGCGGCUUUCAACCCACAAAAACUAGGCCUGGCUGCAUGGGACGGUUAUCCCACCCUGAAAAUGCUUAUGGAGAUGGUAAUGACAAAUAACUACACCUACCCGCCGUGCACUGUGGCCGACGAGGAGACAAAGACCGAUAUGAUCAACAGAGAGCUGCAGAUCUCUCAGAGGGAGAAACAGGACAUUUUGGCUUUUGAGAGUCAUCUGGCUGCAGCCUCCACCAAACAGACCAUCACAGAGAACAACAGCCUGCUCCUGUCACAGCUGACGAGCCUGGACCCACAGGGUCCUCCGCGAAGACCCCCGCCUCAGGUGCAGGAGCAGGUCAAGACCCUAAACCAGUCGCUUCGUCUCGGGCAUCUCUUGUGUCGCAGCCGCAGCCCAGACUUCCUCCUGAACAUCAUCCAGAGACAGGCCUCGUCUCAGUCCAUGCCGUGGUUGGCAGACUUGGUUCAGUCCAGUGAAGGUUCGCUGGACGUGCUCCCGGUGCAGUGUUUGUGCGAGUUCCUCCUUCACGAUGCCGCAGACGACACUCUGAUGGCAGACGAUGACGACGAGGGAGAAAGCAAAGAGCAGAAGGCCAAGAAGAGACAAAGGCAACAAAAGCAGAGGCAGUUAUUGGGACGGCUGCAGGAUCUGCUUUUGGGGCCCAAGGCUGAUGAACAGACAACAUGUGAAGUGCUGGACUAUUUCCUGCGGCGUCUCAGCUCCUCGCAGGUCGCUUCACGAGUGCUUGCUAUGAAGGGACUGUCGUUGGUGCUGAGUGAGGGCGCUCUAAAGGACGGAGAGGAGCGGGACCAGCCCAUGGAGGAAGACUCCACAGAUGCUGAGCUCCUACCCUCUUACCAAUGGCUGCUCCAGGAUUUGCCCAAACUCCCUCUGUUUGACACAGUCAGAGGCAUGACAUCCACUGCCCUUCAACAGGCAAUUCACAUGGAGACAGACCCACAGACGAUCAGUGCUUAUCUGAUCUAUCUGUCGCAGCAUGCACCUAUUGAAGAGCAAUCUGCGCAUAAUGAUUUAGCCCUGGAUGUGGCUCGUCUGAUCGUUGAGCGUUCGACCAUCAUGAACAGCCUCUUCUGCAGACACUCCUGCCGACCAGAGUCCGACGCUGUGCUAAACGCUUUUCUCACCAUCUUCUCCACCUACAUCAAGAGGAUGAGAAAAACCAAGGAGGGGGAAGAUCUGUACAGCUGGUCGGAGUCUCAGGACCAGGUGUUUUUGCGCUGGACGACAGGAGAGACGGCCACGAUGCACAUUCUGGUGGUUCAUGCCAUGGUCAUCCUGCUGACUCUGGGACCAUCCAAAGGAGAGAGUGAUUUCUAUCCUCUUCUGGACAUCUGGUUUCCGGACAAAAAGCCUUUGCCCACAGCAUUCCUGGUGGACACUUCUGAGGAGGCCCUGCUGCUUCCUGAUUGGUUAAAACUGAGAAUGAUACGCUCAGAGGUCUCUCGACUUGUAGAUGCAGCUCUACAGGACUUGGAGCCUCAGCAGCUGCUGCUGUUUGUCCAGUCCUUUGGGAUCCCAGUGUCCAGUAUGAGCAAACUGCUGCAGUACCUUGACCAGGCUGUAUCUCACGACCCACAGAGUCUAGAGCAAAACAUCAUGGACAAACACUACAUGGCCCACCUGGUGGAGGUGCAACACGAGCGAGGUGCCACUGGGGGGCACACUUUCCAUUCGUUACUGAGCUCCGCUCUGCCUCCAAACAGAGAUUCUUCUGAAGCGAGUAAAGCCAAAGUGACGGUAGAACAAGCCCCCAGCUCCAUGAAGACGAGAGCUGCCCCUCAGCUCAACAUCAGCCCUGAGGAUGAUCUCACUGGGAUUUUGCUUCAGAUCUUCCCGUUGAAGGUGGACCCUCGCUGGCACGGCCCCCCUCCCGCUCAGCUCUCUCUGUCUCUGCAGCAGGCUCUGGCCAAAGAGCUGAUGAGGGCCAAGAAGAGUCAGGUCCAACAGGGAGGCCUGGCCUUCCGCCUCCUGCAGGCCAUCGCAGCUCUGCUCUCCUCAGCACAUGCAGGCCCAAUAGUUCUGUCCAUGCACCGCAGCCACGCCCUCUCCUGUCCACUGAUGCGCCAAUUGCACCUCUAUCAGCGCCUUGUGUCCCAGGACGUAGCCUUUUCCUCCCUCUUCCUCAAAGUCAUUGUUGAGAUGUUAAUCUGGAUGGAUAAUCCCACUGUGGAGCCUGGGCCUCUCAAGUCUCUGCUCAAAACUUUUGCUGGACAGAACUCUCACAAGCACAUGCACAGUGAUGUUCGAACUGGCUUCCUACAUCUGGCGGAGGCGUUGGCUUAUCAAAGAGAAACUGAAGUCCCUGUCAGGGCUCUCAUUGCGAUGCUGAAGUCUGGAGAGAGAUGUAAUGCCGAGUCUGAACUUGUUGGAAAAGUGCUAAAGGGCCUGAUGGAGGGGAAGUCGCCGUACCUCGAGGAGCUCCUCUCCCUGCUGAUGGCCACCAGCACUCGGGGGGGCACCGAGGGGCCCGUUGCCAUGGUGAUCUCCUUGUUGCUUCAGGAAAGUGAGGAGCGAGCCGUGAAAAAGGAGCCCGACUCCAACAAUUGUGAGAUUAUAAAGGCGGGUCUGAACUCCGGGCUGCUGGUGGACUGGCUCGAGCAUCUGGACCCUGAAGUGACCUCCGUUUGCCCGGAUCUUCAACAGAAGCUGCUGUUUUCUCUCAACAAGGCCCGAGGCACUCCCGCCUACAGACCCUAUCUCUUGGCCCUGCUCACUCAUCAGUCCAACUGGUGUACCCUCCUCCAGUGCAUCAGCUCUCUCCUGGGCAAGCAGCGGGACCACAAACUGGACCCAUCUUCAGCUCUGGAUUUUCUCUGGGCUUGCAGUCACAUCCCACGUAUCUGGCAAGGCCGUGACCAGAAGAUCCCAGAAAAGAAAACAGAGAAUUUUGUGCUGCAGUUGAGUGCGGAUGAGCUUAUCAGUCUGGUGGAGUUGAUCCUGGCUGAGUCCAAGUUGAGCGCUCACAGUCUUAACAAUGAUUUGGCUUCGGUGACGCAGAGCUCCAACUCCCUGCUGCAGUCGCGUCUGCCGCUGCUGCACUCCUACUGUAACGGAGACCUGGACAACAUCAAACAAGUGUCCGAGUACCUCAUCAGCUGCACCAAGAAACAAGAGGACAGUGAAAUGAACCAGCGAUGCCAGAACUUGUUGCUGCAGAUUUACCUGCACUUCCCUGAGGUGAUCCAGCACGUGAGUCUUCCCGAGGGCACCUUCAGCAGCGCAGGAGCGGCUGACGGCAGCAGCUGCAAACUCGAUGUCUUGGUCCAUCGUCUGGUGACUCUGCUCGCCGACAUAGGAGACUCAAAAUCUGCAGAGGGCCGUGUUUCAGACGCUAAUCUUGCUUGUAGGAAAAUGGCAGUAUCACACCCGGUCCUUUUGCUCAGACACCUGCCAAUGAUCGCUGGUUUGUUACACGGCCGCAUCCACUUAAACAUACACGAGUUCCGGCAGCAGAACCACAUGACGUUCUUCAGUAACGUCCUGGCCAUCCUGGAGCUCCUGCAGCCUCUGGUUUUCCACAGUGGCCACCAGAGGGCGCUGCAGGACUGUCUCCUGUCUUUCAUGAAGGUUCUCCAAAACUUCCAGCGUUCGCGUUUACCACUCGUCUUUAUCAACAAGUUUCUUCAGUUCACUCAAAAAUACAUUACCCAUGAUGCCACAGCAGCUAUUCCUUAUUUACAGAAACACUCAAGUAUUCUGCAAAGUUUAAGUGCAGAAAACCCCGACCUGCAGCAGCUGAAGUCUCUGUUAGCCGGUCUCACGUUACCAGUGAAGAGCUCUUCUUCUGAGGUCUCAGCCGUGGAUCACAACGAUGAAGUGGCAGCUGGCUCGUUGCCCUUAGUGAACAUUUCUGCUGCUGUGUCGAUAAGUCAAGCGGAUUUGACAAGAUACAUGAAGAAAAUGUCAAGAGGAGAAGCAGUAGAAGAUGUGCUGGAAGUGUUGACAGAGGUGGAUGAUAAGUCGAGGAGGAGCCCAGAGAUCGUACAGUAUUUCAUAAGUGAUCUGCAGAGGCUCAUGGCGUCUUCAGAGGAGCUGUGUCGAAACAUGGCCUUCAGUCUGGCUCUGCGCUGCAUCCAGAACAAUCCCAGCUUGGCGACAGACUUCCUGCCCACGUUCAUGUACUGUUUAGGAAGCGGGAACUUUGACGUGAUCCAGACCGCGCUCAGAAACCUCCCCGAGUAUGUGCUCCUCUGUCAAGAACAUGCAGACAUCCUCCUACACAAGGCCUUCUUAGUGGGGAUCUACGGACAAAUAGACACAAGCUCAAUGAUUUCCGAAUCCAUGAAGGUUCUGCACAUGGAAGCCACCACGUAA